AUGGAAAGCAAGCCAGUGAUUGUUGCUAAAGCCACCAGUGAUUAUUCCCAAGGAAAAAUGGAAUGCAACCCAGUGACUACUGCUAAAUCCACCAGUGCUGAUUCCUCAUCGCCUUCGCCGGUUGAGAUUGUCGAUGGAAAUUCCUCCCCGCAGAAAAUAGAAAACACACCUGUGACUACUGCUGAAGCCACCAAUGCUGAUUCCUUAUCCUCGGAUGAAUGGGCUCGCCUAAUCCAAAUCACAACUGGGGAGUAUAUA